AGGGGCGCCGCAGCAGCCGUGGCGGCCAUUUUGUGGCGCUGCUCACAGCGGAGCGCGCGCGCGGAGGAGGAGGAGGACCCGCUCCCUCGCUCGCGCCUCUUCCCGCGCGAGACCCCCGGAGAAUAAAAGAGGCGUCUUAUAACAAAAUGAGAAAACAUCCACCAAACAGAAGAGGUAUCAGCUUUGAAGUGGGAGCCCAGUUGGAAGCCCGAGACAGAUUAAAAAACUGGUAUCCAGCUCACAUUGAAGAAAUUGAUUAUGAGGAAGGAAAAGUGCUUAUCCAUUUUAAACGCUGGAAUCAUCGUUAUGAUGAAUGGUUUUGUUGGGAUAGCCCUUAUUUACGUCCUCUAGAAAAAAUACAGUUACGGAAAGAAGGAUUACACGAGGAAGAAGCAUCUUCUAACAUAUAUGGAAAGCAGGAUUAUACUUUGGAAGAAGGAGGCAUGAAAAUUGGGGGUUUUCGUAUAAAUGAUCAGGUAUUGGCUUGCUGGUCUGAUUGUCGUUUUUAUCCAGCCAAAGUUACUUCUGUUAACAAGGAUGGUACUUAUACUGUGAAAUUUUAUGACGGUGUGAUUCAGACAGUCAAGAAUAUACAUGUCAAAGCUUUUUCCAAAGAUCAGCCUAUUGUGAAUAAUCCAAGGCCAAAGGAGAGAGGUAAUGAAAUCCCUUCAUCUCCUGAAAGAUGGGAAAAGUUUAAAGAACAGAGAAAAGCAACUGAGAAUCAUAAGAAAGACAAGGAUGAAAAGACGUUAAAGAUUGAAAGAAGGUCUAAACCUGAUAAAGAAGGAAAGCUAAUAAUACCUUUAGAAAAAAUCAAGGUAUCUGAAAAGACUUUACCCAAGGAUGGGAAAGAAGACAAAGAGAAUAUUUCUGAAAAUGAUAGGGAAUUCUCAAUAGACUCCCAGAUUGAGAAAAAACCAGAAAAUGAUAAUGUGAAGACGCCACCAGACAACCUCAAAGAAACCAAAAGACGACGUGGCAGACCGCCUGUUGUGGCUCCAGCAGAGCAAGGUUCUCAAACGUUACAGCCAAUAACGUUAGAACUGAGAAGGCGGAAAAUAACAAAAGGAGGUGAUCUCCCUUCAAAACGUCCACGGCUCCAGAAGAACAUGUCACAAGAGAAUCUGAAAACUGUCCCAGACAAUGAAAAAGAUUCCAUAAAGAGACAGUCAAGUCAUUCUACAAGUAGUAAUAAUGAGACUUUAGAUACAGACAUUAUUACACCACUGCCAGAUGAAAUUGAACCUUCAAAAGAGCCAGACUCAAGCCUCAAAGAAGUGACUGAAGGUCCAUUAGAGGUAUGCAUUGAGUCAGAACUAAAGCUCAAGGAAGAGUUGCCUCCCUGUUCAGAAGAAGCAUAUCAGCCUUUAGUUGAUAAUAGUAAAGCAGAGGAAGACAGCAUAACAGAAUUGCCCUCUACACUUGAACUACAAGAGAUUCCAGAGACAUCUAUUCCAGUAGCCAGCGCUUCUAAGAGAAAUGAUAGUUUUUCUGCUUCAAAAGCUGCAAUUGAACAUGAACCCAAGUUUCGAUGCAAAUUCUUAGAUUGUUCCAAAUCCUUUCGAAAAGCGAAGCUAUUGCAUUAUCACAUGAAAUAUUUUCAUGGCAUUGAGAAAUCACCAGAACCACAACAGAGUCCAACAACAAGAAAUAUUCAAACAAGAGGUUCCUUGGCUUCUGAAAAAAGUAAUCAAGACGUUUCUAACAGAAGGCGGACAACAUCUGGUUGUUUAUCUACUAAAGAAAAGGAAAAGAACAAAGAGAAAAAAGUGAAAGAUAUUGCAAAAGCAAAAGCAAAGAAGAAAAAGAAGAAGAAAAAGAAAACUAAAUCAGAGCUUUCCGGGAGCGAAGAAAAUAUUCAAUUUUCUCAAGAUCUUUCUCCUCCAAGAUCUGUUGUUACAACGAGAUGUAGUUCAACAAGUCGAUCAUGUGCACACUUGAGUACUCAGCUACAUGGAACUGAUUCUGGACAUCGUAAACACAAAGAAAAAAUAAACGAGGAUGAUACCUUGAGUGAGUCGUCUGCAGAUAGUUUGCUCUGGAGUGAUGAUGACUGCAGUCGGGAUAUUGAUGUAACAACAAAUCCUGAUGAGGAUCUUGAAGAUGAUGAUGAUAGUGGCUUUGAGAUUGUUCGAUGCAUUUGUGAAGUGGAAGAAGAAAAUGAUUUUAUGAUUCAGUGUGAAGAAUGUCUCUGUUGGCAGCAUGGAGUUUGUAUGGGUUUAUUAGAAGAGAAUGUACCUGAGAAAUAUACCUGCUAUAUUUGUCAAGAUCCUCCAGGUACAAAGAUUUCUAAAGUUGCAGAAUCUUCAAAUAGUAAGCGAUCCAGCUUGAAGUACUGGUAUGAAAAGGACUGGUUGUGCAGCGGUCACAUGCAUGGCUUAGCAUUUUUGGGAGAAAACUAUUCCCACCAGAAUGCUAAGAAAAUAGUAGCUACACACCAACUUCUUGGCGAUGUGCAAAAAGUGAUAGAAGUACUACAUGGCCUUCAACUGAAAAUGAGCAUUUUGCAAAGCAAAGAACAUCCUGACUUGAAGCUCUGGUGUCAGCCGUGGAAACAUCUUGAUGUAGAAGAAAAAUCUCAUACUAUGCGCCUCAUUCAUGUUGAAGAAAACUGUUGCAAAGAAGAGACUGCAAGUUACAGAACUUUUAAUGGAACGAUUGACAAACCUUCAGCCAUUCCUUCUGUAGAGGAAUCUUAUAUUACCAGUGAACACUGUUACCAAAAACCUCGAGCCUAUUAUCCUGCAAUAGAACAGAGACUUGUUGUAGAAACCAGAAAUUCGGACAUUGAUGAGAGUGUUAAUAGGAUAAGAGAGAAUGGAGAUGAUACAAUAGUGGAGCGGUUAGGAUGGGAGCUGGAUAGAGAAAUAUGCAAGUUGGAAAACGAGUCAAAACAUAAUUACUCUAAGAUAAGAGAGAAAGUCACAUCUGAAGAAGACAGUGAUGUGAAACAGCUGGAGAAGGACAAGGAAGGAGUUGUGAAUUCUCAGUUGCAGUGGCAACUUAAUCUUUUAGCCCAUGUUGAGUCUUUACAAGAUGAAGUUACUCAUAGGAUGGAUUUAAUUGAAAAAGAACUAGAUGUUCUAGAAAGCUGGUUGGAUUAUACCGGAGAACUGGAACCACCUGAACCACUGGCUAGACUCCCCCAACUGAAACAUUGUAUAAAGCAACUACUUACAGACUUGGGCAAAGUACAACAAAUUGCACUUUGCUGUUCAACAUGAUACUGGAGUGGAGACUUCUGCAAGAUGGCUGGAGAAUUAUCACAUGGCAAGCGCUCUUCUGUUUCAGUGGAAUAACAGGCUUGUUGCAUGUGAUGCAGAACUGACUUCAGGGAAUUGUUUAGGGAAAAGGGUUACUCUUCAGAAAAGUAAUUUCUGUUCAUUUGGCUUUUGCUAGGCAUUUUUAACAUUAUGAAAAUAUUAUGAAAAGGGAUUUGUUCUUGUCUUCGAAGGCUAGAAGCAAGUUGGCAACAGACAUUUCACUCCUUGUAUCAAGUUGUUGAACUAACAUUAAUGUUCUUGACAUACACUGACAAUUUUGUGCCACUGGAGAACAAAGUUAUAAGAGCCAAAAAUGAUUAGUUGACCAAGGCUGUAAAUUACAUUCUGCAUAGUUAAUUUAAGUGACAAGUGCAUCAGGCACAGUCGUAUUUUAUUUUCAUGGUUUAUGCAUAACCACAAUAUUUAAUCCAUAGAAGAUAUUAUUUUCAAGCCUAGCAAGUAUGAAUGUCUAAUUUUACUGUAUACUGUUACAAGAUGUUUGCAGAUGAUGACCUGCUAUUUAAAAGAGGUGAAGCAGAAGGUCACAACUUGGUUGCACUUCUUUUCCUAGUAAAUUAUCAUUUUCAUAUUUAUCAUGACAUUGUAGCAUGACUUCUAUGGUACUGGGAAGCCUGUUUAUGUUGUACUUCUGUGCAUUCUUGGAUUUCUAAGCCUGGCCAUGAGGUACCUCCCGUGGCCGAGUGCGAAUGGGACGCCCUCAUAGGAGGAGGGCAUAACAGAAAAGUUGGAAGUAAACGAUGUACUACAAAUCCAGAUUUAGCCAUGGUCUGUGAUAGAUGCUGUGUAGUUUUCUAUCCUACUGUUAAUGAUUGGCAUUCCGGUUAUAGUUUGAAUUGUAGUCUUUUUCAAUAUUAUAAACUUCCUCAUUGUAGAGACUUGUAAAUGUGUGGUUUUGGGGAUCAGUUUAUUUUAUAUUUGUGUAAAUGAAGCCUCAAGAUCUAUGCAUGAGGUUCUGUCCAAAAGACAAUGGGACAUUAUAUUAAACAGUAUGUUUUCAAAAUCCCUUUUUGUACCUUUAUUUUUAGUUUCUUUAUUUGUAUUAUUUGUGAGAUCCAAGUGGAAAUGCUGCUUAAGUUGAAAUUAGGUUAUCCAGUACCUUUUGGAAACAUUGGUGUAUUGUAAGUAUUUGGUAUAUUUAAAAAAUGCUUGCAGAUCAUAUUUCCAUUUUAUUUUAUUUUUUUGUUAGCAUCUGAGGGGGACAGGAACGGACUAUUUUUGCAUUGAAGGUGUUUUGAAUGUUGGAUUUAUAUUACCUUAAUAUUCUGUUUUGGACACCACCAAAGUUUGAAAUUAAAGCACAUUUGUGAGUUGAAGAUCUGUUAAGUGUACAAAUUAAUAAUUAUGGAUACAAAUCUGUAAUGUUCAUAUGCUGCAAAAUUACGUAAAUUAAAGUUAGCCAAUGUUUGUCAUACAAUUAACAUUUUGACCAGCUGAUCUUUCAGAAAGAAUUACUACACUAUUCCAAGUUGAAACAAAGGCAUUUUGUGCCAAGACUAAUUUCAGGGAAUAAUUUGUCUCCAGUUUAUUGGCACUUACUGGUUUUGAGUGUAACAUCUGUACAGCAGAUAUACUUUUUUGCUGUAAUAAUUUGGAAUAAAGCUUAUGUGAUGGUUAAA